GGCUUGAAUAAUUCUCAAGUGAAAUGGAUAAAAUUUGGCAUUCUCCGGAAGAAGGAGAUUCAAAAAGUUCUAUUCGAGAUAGUGAAGAGGCUUUAGCUGCACUGAGGAGAGAAAAUUUCCGGUUACGAUUAAUGCUGUAUAAUUAUGAACAAAUUUAUCGUCAACCUCAUAAUUGUGAUGAUCAAGAAUCAUCUCGUAUUUAUACUGCUGAAUGUGAAAAUGUAGUUUUACGAAAGUUAGUCAAUGAGAAACAACAAUCACUAAAUAAAGCCUCAGAAAUUAUUGGCUCGUUAAAGGAAGAGAAUAACCGUUUGAAAGUACUAGUUGCUGAGAUGAAAAGUAAAAAUGAAGAAGCUGAAAUCGACUGGCGAAAUAAAUACGAUAAUCUAUGCAGUGAAUUACAAGCAUGUCAUAAGGAAAUACAAUCUCGAGAUAUGAAUCUAUUGGUAAAAGAUGCUGAGUUAAGUAAACAACGUAAUGAGUUUGAAAGUCACAUAUCAGAGCUUCAAAGACAUUUGGAUAUGAGUGAAUCAUUGAAUAAUCAAUACCAACAAGAAAUCCAGUUGUUUCGAACUGAAGCGGAUAAUUUACGUACUACAUUAGAAAAUUUAAAUGAAGAACAACCAUGUUUAUUUGAUGCUGACGCAGCUAUUGAUCAAAUUCAAUCUGCUGAUAUUCAUAAUUCUUGUAAGAAACAUUUCAAUGAAUUGUCAAAUAUGAUACACAUACUUUGGAAACAGAUUAAGAAUGCUGGUUUAAUGCCUGAAAUCUCCUUGCGUUCUUUAUCUGAUAUAUGUGAUGAAGUAGAUCAUCCCGUAUGUAUGGAUUCUGAUGACUUCGCAGUUGGAAAUACUGAUCAUUCGGCUAACGAUUCUGUGUCGAUUUUAAAUAAAACAACUUUCAAUUUGAAUGAACGUUUAAAUUCUGCGCGUCUAUUGAUUUUAGAAUUAGGCAAUGAAAAGUUACGACUAGAUAAAUUGAUUGCUACGACGAACUCAUCUCAUGAAAGAGAAUUGGCAGUUAUAAAAGAAAAAUGUUCAAUUACUGAAAGCCAAUUAUCAAGACAGGCACAGUUACAUCAAACGGAACUUACAAGAAGAGAUUCAGAAAUCACACGUUUAAAUCAAUGUAUCAGUGAUAUUAUCAAACGACUUGAAAAUUCUUUACUAACACGUGAUAAAGUUCAGUCUGAACUUGAUAUUCUCAAAGAACAGUUAGAAAGAAGUAAACGUGAUCAAUCCAAACUUCAAGAUCAAUUGGAUUCAGAGGCACGCAGUAAAGAAAAUACGGUUUCCUGCUCAAAUAGUGUUUUUCCCGGAGUGACUGUAUUAGGUAAAACUAUUCAAUUCUCGCCGCUGGAGAAUUUAUCUCCAGAUGAAUUAUUCGACCCGAAAUCAUUGCUACCUUGUCAAUAUGAGAAGGCUGGAAAUUUAACAAAAGUUUCAAAUCUUAUAAGUAGUGCGUCGUUUACUGGUCUAGAAAGUGACACAAAGUGCGAAGUACAAAAUGAACUGGGAUUGACUGUCUCUUUAUCAGAAGAUCAGGGGAAAACAUAUAGUAUUGUGUCAAGUAUUGAGGAUAGCAAGGUGAAUAGUGAAAAUGCGAGUUCAAAGGAAGAAGAUGCUGUCAACAAUAACCAAACAGAAAUUAUUGAACUUCAGAAAGAAUUGACUGUAGUUCGAAAACAGUUGAGAGAUCAGAUACGGGCAAUGUCAGAACUGAAAGCUGAAUACGAUAUGUUAACUUUGAAUACACAUCUAGGAUCAGUGAUUUCAGAUAAUGUUACUUCUGUCACUAAAGGUGUCAGCAUUGAUUCACAAACUUCAUCUAUCAUUGGAUCUGUUGGUGAUGAUUUGCCUACAGUUAGUACACCUCCACAUAAUCUUGGCUCACCAGUUUUCCCAGAAACACUGGAGAGUAGUAGUCACGAUGAUGCCAGUAAAUUCUUGAAUACAUGCGAUUUAACCAAUUCAAAUAAUUCAGCAUCGUCACACAUUGAAAAUGUAACUCCAGCCAUAAUAAGCAAGAAACAUGUACAGGAAAAUGGAUUAAGUAAUAAAAAACAAUCUUCUGCCUACCCGAAGUUAAUGAUUUCUGAAUUGCUCAAUCCUAUUACUGUCAUUCCUGAAGAACAAGAAACACAUGAAGAAGACGAGGAAGAUAAGGAAAAAUCGCAAGUGGAUGUGUUCACUCCUGAACACACUAGUUCAAUGAAUGUAUCAAAUGAACCUCAGUCUUUAUCUCGAUUACGUAAUCUCUAUGAUAUUGUACAUGGUUUAAAAGUCAGAUUAGACAGUGUUCGUUUCACGCAGCACUCAUUUGUUGAGAUGAUCAAUCGUAGUUUAUCCACCGCAGGCAUUGAUGCGUCUAUACGUUUGUCUCCUGUUCAAGAUAAAGUUGAUAACCAUGUAAAUCUCAAUUCCUCAGAAGUAAAUAAUGAAGAAUGUCAUGACAAGGUAUCUUCACAGCCCAGCGGAGUUCAUCAAAGUGUAGAAGUAGUAGUAGACAGGUGUUCUGUGGAUCCUGCUGACUCACAAGUUAAAGAACUUCAUGAUGAAUCUGGCUUAAAUCAGACUGUAGCGGAAUUAUGGGGAGGGUGCCCUAAGUCACCUGUUCGUUGUCACCGUGAAGGAGAAAUUACACGUCUCAAUAAGAAAUUCAAUAAACCACUAGUUCAAAAAGCUGUCAAUAAAAUCAAAGGAUUAUCAUUGAAGCCAAAAAUGAGUUGUGUACCACACGUUAAAAAUAAAGAUAAAAAUCUUAUUGGUUCCACAACUUUUUGUGCCGAAGAUAUUGAUAAUUCCUUACAAGACUCAAUGUUUUCCAAAGCUUUAAGUUGCAGUCUCGAUGUUGGUAAGAAUAGUGGUGAUACAUUGAUGACUAGACGUGUUGGAGAUUUGGCGGCUGUUGGAGAAUUAACCAUUGUAGAGUUGGAGCAUCGAGAUAUAUUUGAACGUCUGGCUUGUGCAAUGGCUAAGUUGAGGGAUGCUAUUGAUGAGUGUUCAGAUGUCAGUUCCGCCUUUUGGGAUGUUGAUAUCAAAAAGAAUCUGUCAGCUUUAUUGACGACCAGUCGCGCUGAUGCUUCACAGAUCUAUUCAACUCAAGAUCAGAAUCAGUCAUUUGAUAUCAAGGAUAAUAGAGUAUCAAAAGAUACCAGUAAUAUUGCAAACUUUGUACAAACACACAAUUCAUCUCAAAUUACUAAUGUCAGUGCCAAUUUCGAUGAUGCUAUUGUGACGCCUGAUUAUGAUUCUGUCGAUUUCUUUGCGCAUAAUGGAAAUGAAAUUAAAUCGAAUCAAUUGUAUGGAUCUGUUUGGCAUGAUUCACAAAAAGGUUCUAAUCAAUCGGAUGAAUAUUGCAAACAGUUAGAGAGAAAAUUAUGCGAUAUGAGAAGAGAACGUGAACAGUUGGCAAUCAAACUAAAAGAAGCAACGGAAAAGUUGAAAUGCGUACAAGAGGAGAACCACAGUUUAGAAACAGAAUACAGAUCUCUGCAUCGCCAAUUAUCGUAUCCUUCAAGUGAUACAGGUGAUAAAUGUGAAACUGUGAAUACUUCACCAGACACUGAUGAUAAUAACCUUAAUCAUAAUCAACUGACUGAGAAUAAAUCGAUCCAGUUUGAUACUGAUGUUACGGAUACUACUCACCACCACCAUCAUCAUCAACUUGACUUGAUAAGAAAUGAAUUAGCUGAAAAAGAUGAAUUGAUACAAUCACUAGAAUUUGAUCAUGCAUACAUUUUGAAGAAAUUAAGUUUAUUAAACUAUUACGAUAAUGAUGAUAAGGAAAAUAAUAUCUGUCAUUCAAAAAUGAUGAUUGUUGAACUUGUUGAUGCUACGGUCGCUGAGAUAUUCGCUUCACGUACACUAAUAACAGAUUUACAAUAUCAAAUUAAUGAAUUUGAAAAGCGUCUUACUGAUUCUAUCCCCAAAGAUGAUUAUCAUCAAUUAGAAGAACAAGUUGAUUCUUUGAGAUUAGAAUUAGAUCAAGUUUAUAGUGAAAUUGAAUAUUAUAAGAGUAAAAUGAAGUUUGUAUCAUCAUCUUUUGAACCUUUAUUGUGUAUUGAAAAAUCAGCCUCAUUUAAUGAAUUAAUCGAUUGUAUUUUGAAUAAAUUUCAUGAACAAGAGAAUAGGAUAAAUUCUAUGCAAAUCGAUAAAGAGAAUGCUUUCAAUGCCAUGAAAGAUUGUCUGGCUGCUUCUCCUAAUUCUGAUGUUCAACAAAUACCGGAUUCAUUAACAAAGUGUAUCGAAUUAAUUCGUAGUGAAUCGUCUCAUUUACGUGAUUUAGUUAGUGAUUUGCAGUUAGACAGGAAAGAAGCAUUGAAUUUGUUGAAACAAUUGGCUCCAGAUAAUAGUGAUUUACGCAGCAUUUCUGACUAUGUUAACUGGUUUAUUGAUCUGUUCAAUAAAACACAAUAUCGGUUGAAUGAUAUGGAGCAACUGUAUGAGGCAACAAAAACUUGUCUGUCUGCAUCUCUGAAUAAAUUCAAAAAGUUAGAGGAAGAUACUAAAUCUAUGGAGGAGAAAUUGACUGAUUAUUGUUAUCGCUUAAAGAGUUGUCAGAUUCGAUUAGAAGAAAUUGUAAACACAUGUAUACCUUCAAUGGUGCAUAACGAUGUUUUGAAAAGUCUACAAGAAGCAGAAACUUCAUGUAAUGAAUUAAAAUCGAAAAAUUUGAAAUAUGAACAAGAAUUUCGGUAUAUUGGAAAGAUUGUUGGUGAAGCAUUAUCAAAAUCUGUAGAACUGGACAAUUUAAGUGAUGAUAUAGUGGAGAUCUGUUCUUCUCUAAGAUCCUAUCAAAAUAUUUCAAGUAUAGCUGAUAAAAGGAGUAAAGAAUGGGAGGUUAAGUUUAAUAAUAUACUCAAUGAACUUAUUGAAAGAAACACCGAAUUCGACCACUUACAAAAUACUAUCAAUAGCAAAGAUGCUGAUAUUAAAAUGCUUACGGAAACAGCUGCAGCUAACCAGGAAUUCACUGAAGAAAUUGAACAAGAAUUACAUCGUUUACGUCAAGAGCAUAUAAACUGUCCUGCUAAACAUGAAUUAGUUGAUGUACAAACUUCACCGAUAAUAAGUCUUGAUUGCAUUCACGACGUUGCGACAGAGAUUUCAAUGAUCAAUUUAGGUGUUGAUAAAGCAAUUGAUAACGGUUCAGUCAGCUGUGCAAGCAAUUUAAGAUUACGAAAAUAUGGUGAAUUGCGUACUGCAGCUUUUGAGAUUAAACAGAAAUUAAUUCAAAGAACUGAAAAACUGGAGUCCGCAUUGGAAGAAGUUGCUCGACUACGCAGUGUUAUUCAACAAGAUAAAGAACGUGCCAGUAUUACACUGAAAGAAGUUGAAGAUUUGCGUGAACAGGUUAUUCGAAAAAAUCGAAAAAUUCAAAGCCUUGAAGCUAAAGUGGCGCGAUUACGGUCAUCUCCUUCAAAAGCGAAUGAUAUACUACUCUCAAAGAUUCGAUCACCCUGUCAUCCAUUAUCAGAAAAAGAAAACCCUCGAAGUGCUGUAUGUCCUCGUAAAACGACAACAGCAGCAACAGCCGGAUUAUUAUCCCAAUCGAAUAAUUGUGCUGUAUCUCCAGAUAUCCCUUGUUGUGAUCAUGUUGUGAAACCUUUAUCAGAUUGUACGAAUCUGUUAACUCUGUCAUGUGAUGAUUCCUUCUCAAAUAAUGUUCCGUCAUUGGAUAAUGAACAGCUCCAUUUACCUAUUGAACCAAGUCAAAUAAACCGGUGUGAUGAUUUCACUAGUCUGAUAUCAAAUUUACAAUCAUUAAUUGAUGAGUUGAUGAAAAGAAGUAUCAAUUUAAAUGGAUGUAUGAAAUGUUACUCUUCAGAAAAUUCGCUUAAUUUAAUCAGCAAUAAUAUCCAUGAUGAUGAGGAUGAUGCUGUUGGCAGCAGCUGCAGAAAUUCUGCCAUUCACCGGAAACAUUCAACAUCAUCAUGGAUUGAUAACGACGGAUCAUUUCGAUUGUCAUCAUCAAUUAAUCAGCCAUUAGGGUAUAAUUCACCAACGCCACAUAUUAAUGGAGCUUGUUUGAAAUCACAUAUUAAGUCUUUGCGGCAAACGCAAGAAAAACUGAGAGAAAUUUCUGGAAAAAUGGAUCAACUCUGCUCAAAAUUUAUACGUCAAUGCGAUCAACAUUUAACCUGUCAAGUAAAUUACAAGUGAUCUGUUCUCCUGUGAAUUAUUCGUCAACACGUUCUUCACAGUCGUCAAUCUCGGUGACGCAAUGUAGAUCUAUCUGGCACUAUUCGUAUCUCUCAGAUUUUUAUGAUUCAUUGUAUUUCUUGUGUAUAUGUGUCACCUUCAUACUUUUGAUUAUUCAGUCGUACUACAUAAAAAUGGUUAAAUAAAACUGUUAUCACCUUA